AACUUGCCCGUGUGUCACUAAUCACACUCCGUCAGCGCUUCAAUAAUUCGUUCCGAGGCGAUAGCCUCAUAGCUCAUCAUUGCGUAUUUUGUUUGUUUGUUUUAUAAAAUAUGUUCGGAAACAGGAAUACAUUUCUUUUAUUGCUUAAUUUAUUAUUUAUUUUGUGUAAAUUUACCGUGUGGAGUUCGUCGUCUGUGACGGCAGAAGAAAACGAUGAGCCACCAUCAGAGGGCUUGGCAUCUGACUUGAAGAACGACCCAACAUUUGUGGAGUCAGAGGAUUUCGACUCGCUGCCAAAGAGACAGUUUAAGACAGCUGAAAUGGCAGAUGCCGUGAUGGGGACAGAAAUCCCGAUCGAUCCAUCUGACAUUGAAUCUCUGAUUCCCAAGAAUGUGAAAGAGUUCCAGGCUGGCUUCUCCCCACCUUGUGAUGAGAGCAGUGGUCAGUGUGGCUCGCCACCUCCGGCUGCUGCUGCUGCUGAUGAAGAGUGGAUGGAAGAGUGGGAAUCCGAAUCACUGCAACAGGUCAGUCUUGAGAUGGUGCCUGCAGACACGCCACCAGAAGAGCAGAACACCACAGAGACAGCCAAAACCUAUAAAGUGACCUGUGAUAGGAGAAACACCACAGGGAUGGAGAACUUCACCGUUCAGGUUCUCAACGCUUCACAGGAUCUGAUGGAGUACCUUAAUGCUAACAGCACAGAGUGCUCUGUGGUGCUGUUCUUCACCGCCUGGUGUCGGUUCUCAGCCAACCUUGCUCCUCACUUCAAUGCUCUGCCUCGUGUUUUUCCCAGCAUGCAUUUCCUGGCACUAGAUGCCUCACAGCACAGCAGCCUCUCCACCAGGUUUGGGACGGUGGCAGUCCCAAACAUUCUGCUGUUCCAGGGGGCCAAGCCCAUGGCUCGCUUCAACCACACCGACAGGACUCUGGAGAUGCUCACUUCCUUCAUUGCCAAUCAGACAGGAUUUGAAGUAGAUCCCAACAGAAAUCUGACAGAUGCAGAUUAUGCUGGGCCUCUGCCCAGUGUCCCAGUAAAGGGCAUUGACUGGCUGUUAGUCUUCUCUCACCUCUUUAUCACUGGAUUCACAGUCUACGCCAUUCUGCGAGCAGACAGCAUCCGCUGGCUCAUUCCUGGACAGGAGCAUGAGCACCAAGACUGAAAACGAGAAAAGUCAGAGAGAAUGUGAACUUUAUUUUUGAAAUGUUGAAUAUGUCCAAUUUCGUAGAGUUUUAUGUGUUUAAAACAAAAUAAAAUAUUUGAAAUGUU